UCAGUCCUCGCCCGGGCCCAGCAGCGCUGCGCUCCUCAUGAGCGGUGGCGGCUGAUGAGGCUUUGCCCUGAGCGGAGGGGAGGUACCAAUUACUGAACACAGGUUUUCUUUUCACUGUUGAAGCAUUCUGGUUGAUCAUCCCUUCAUCCCUAAGCACCCUCAGUUUGACUUGCUAGUUUCAGAACCAUGGCAACUGAAGAAAAGAAACCAGAGGCAGAAGCCACAAAAACACAAUCUACACCUUCCUCAUCAACCAAUCAGAGCAUGCCUGCACCUGUAAAGCCAAACUAUGCAUUAAAGUUCACACUAGCGGGACACACUAAAGCUGUAUCUUCAGUAAAAUUUAGUCCAAAUGGAGAAUGGUUAGCAAGUUCUUCUGCAGAUAAGCUCAUUAAAAUUUGGGGAGCAUAUGAUGGAAAAUUUGAGAAAACAAUAUCUGGGCACAAACUGGGAAUCUCAGAUGUUGCCUGGUCAUCAGAUUCCAGUCUUCUUGUGUCUGCUUCCGAUGGUAAAACUCUUAAGAUAUGGGAUGUUAGCUCUGGGAAAUGUCUAAAAACACUGAAGGGUCACAGUAAUUAUGUUUUUUGCUGAAACUUCAAUCCCCAGUCCAACCUUAUCGUUUCAGGAUCUUUUGACGAAAGUGUAAGGAUAUGGGAUGUGAAAACAGGAAAGUGCCUCAAGACUUUACCUGCUCAUUCUGACCCAGUUUCAGCUGUUCAUUUUAAUCCUGAUGGAUCCUUGACAGUGUCAAGUAGUUACAAUGGUCUCUGCCGAAUCUGGGAUACAGCAUCAGGUCAAUGUUUAAAAACACUUAUUGAUGAUGAUAAUCCUUCUGUGUCUUUUGUGAAAUUCUCUCCAAAUGGUAAAUACACUCUUGCUGCAACUCUGGACAACACUCUUAAGCUAUGGGACUACAGCAAAGGGAAGUGCCUGAAGACAUACACUGGUCACAAGAAUGAGAAAUACUGCAUUUUUGUUAAUUUUUCAGUCACUGGUCGAAAGUGGAUUGUGUCUGGGUCAGAAGAUAACCUCAUUUACAUUUGGAACCUUCAGACAAAAGAAAUCAUACAGAAAUUACAAGGCCAUACAGAUGUUGUGAUUUCAACAGCUUGUUACCCUACAGAAAACAUCAUUGCAUCAGCUGCAUUAGAAAAUGACAAAACAAUUAAACUCUGGAAGAGUGACUGUUAAG